UGUGUUAGAUUAAUUUUUAAACCUUUCCAAAAUAAUUUUUUAAUCAGAAAACCUUUUAUAUUCAUAGUUAGCCAGCAACCACUGACUUUUUCAUACAAGGCUAUGUCACUGCGACUGAUUUCCAAUUUUGCAUUCACACAACCCACGGGUCCACCUCUGUAGAUGGCGUCGCUCACGGGAUUCGCCAUCACGAUCGUCCUCUUGCUCGCCGGAGACACCGCCGGGAGGGAGAUCCGGCCAUCCAACCACGGCCUCAUUUUCCAGACCUCGCCGCCGGCCAAUUCUUCGCCGGGAAUGAGAUCCUUCUUCAAAGGCUCAUCCUCCUCGUCCUCGUCUUCCGACGCUUCGCCUCGGAACAUCACCGAGUCCCUGCCGCCGGCGUGGUUGAGCGCCAGUCGCGGCGGAGGACGGCGGGUGGGAAGAGCGUUAGUGAUUGCCAGCUUGGUGUGUGGAAUCACAGGUGGCAUUCUAUUAGUGGCUUCUGGUUUGCUCUAUCUGUUUAAGAAACGAAGAAGAAAGCCCAGCUUAAACGAAUCGUUUCGUGAUGAUGAUGAUGAUGGGAAUAAUAAUAAUGUUCACAAUGCCAACAAAGUUGAGUUGGCAGUGCCUAAUCCAUCACUAAGAUUGGCUGAGUUCGACUCCGAUCACCAUCAUUAGUCAGGUCCAUACUUUCAGGACUACAAGUGACCGUUUACCGAGAUAUUUACGGAUCAUUCACCAACACAAUUUUCAUGUCCGGAAGUGAAAAUUGAACAUACUACACCUUAUGAGAGAAAGUGGUAUAUCCCUCUUUGUUACUUUGUUGUAGAGUGUUGUUUCUCUUCUCUUUCUCUUUCACUUUUUUUUUUCAUUUUUGGAUUGACCGUUUCUUUAGCGUUUCUAAUUCUAUGUAGAGGUGAAGGAUAGUUGUGUAAAUUGAUGCUGCUUUGUACAUUUGAUUUACAUUUAUUCAUAGCAUUAUUUUGCGUUUUAAA